UUCACUCAGUUACUGUUCCUAGUAGAACUUCACUCGGGAUGGACUUCUAGCAAUCGUUUCUCGUGACUGCAACCUUCUAGAGAGCUUUCAUCCAAGGAUGGUUUACAUGCAACAGGGCAGAUAUGGAUUAUAACUGUAUGUAUGUAGUAGCCUUGUGCUCAGUAGAUCGUUAAUGAGUCUAGCUUCAAAACCAAUCAAAAUAUCAAUGUUCCGACCUGAAAUCCACGUAUCAAAGUGAGAAUCCAGGACGCCAAACAUGUCUUUGUUAAGGACCACAUUGAAGCUGCUGAGGCCUCUCUGGCAGCAGAACCUCUUGGCUCCCUCUGUUCCUCGUAUGACUAUGGCAUGGAGGACUAUCUGGAAGGGAGAGUACAGACGGCCAGGCCAGCCCACAGACAAAAGCCCACCAUGGAAAUAUUUCAAAUUCGACUUUGCUAAAGGCAUGGAGGGGAUAUGGAAGCAUUUCUCCCUGCUGAAGGCGGAGUUUCUAGCUCCCAUAAAAGGCCCCCAGGGCCAGCCGCUGGCGGAGCACAUGCUGGAGCAGACCAGAGUGAUCUGGGAGUUCAGAGGACCAGAGUCUCUGGAGAAGUGGAUCGUCUCCUCUGACCGGGAGAUGGGUGGACGGAGUGAGGCUUAUCUGAAGCUGGGGAGGAACAACACCACAGGCCUGCUGUACGGAACACUCUGCACCAACCCUCCGAGGGACGGGGAGACUCGUUACAGUGGCUACUGCUCCUUACGCUCCCAGCAACCAAAGGGGUCAUUUGAUAGGAUAAAGCACCUUGACUGGACAAACUUCAACACACUACACUUGCGUAUUCGUGGAGAUGGACGUCCAUGGAUGAUAAACAUUGCAACCGAAAUGUAUUUCUCUCACAUGAAGAAUGACAUAUACAGUUACUUUCUGUACACCAGAGGUGGACCUUACUGGCAAGAUGUCAAGAUCCCAUUCUCGAAAUUCUUCCUUUCAAAUCACGGAAGAAUACAAGAUGACCAGUCUUGUAUCUGGUUGGACAAGGUUAACACUAUUGGAUUCACGCUGGGGGAUAAAGUGGAUGGUCCAUUUCAGUUGGAGAUUGACUUUAUUGGUGCAUGUAAUGAUAAAGCUCACACAGAAGAGUUUGCAUACGAAUUGUACAAGAGAAACCCAGAGGUCUGAGCUGGGAUGGAACCUCCCCUUACUGAAGUCCCCACAAAGAAAGGUUUUGUGUUGAAUAUUAAAAUCCUGAAUCACUUGUUUUAGGUUGUAUGAUGGAAUGGCUGAACAUGCUCCACUUUCUGUACAUGAAUACAUAACCUUGUAGAUAUGUCUUGCUGUGUCAUCAUAUUGUAACGUGGUUCUGAAGUAAAGUAGCUUGACCUUG